CAAUAUAGUAAACAUGGAGGACAAAGUGCCGAUAGUGCAGACAAAUUAUGGAAAAAAGUUCUGCAAAGUUUAAUUCUAGUGGAUAAUAAAAUGUGCUAAUAUGUGGAAUAGUUAGAUAUAUAUGUGGAACCCCGGACUUCCAUGGGGUGAGGGGCCAUGGACUCCAUCAUCGCAGUAAUCCGUCCAAAACAUCGCCAGUCGCAAAAUCAGGAAUUCCGACCUCGCAAUUUUGACAUAUUGCUCGUCGAAUAUGCUAAUGAGCGAGCGAAAACAGUCAAGCAGUUGCCAAGGAUUAACGUUCCUUACAGUGAGGAUCCGGCAGAGUAUAUGAAGAGAACCCUAUAUCAUAUAACUGGUGCUGAUAAGGGGGGAAUAAAAACUAAACGUGCCAUUUAUAUCCCGCCUGCAAGGAACGAACCGGGCGAUCAGGGAAUCCGUGAGUCGUAUACUAAAGGCACCUUAUUCUGUCUUCCUGUCGAUUCUAGAGAACGUCUCAAUGCCAGUUUUGUUGAAAAUGCGCCCAGUAACCCGAGGUUUUACUCCUUGGAUACGAUUCUUGACUCGCACAACAAUCCAGUUGUCUAUUCAAAACAGACCAAGUUUAUGCUCAGGAGAUUGGAAAGUUGGUUAAGAGAAAAGCAUGCCCUUGUUCCUGGUUUCACCGAAGCUUUGUUUCGUGCAUCAUCAGAGUACCGGCUUAAAACUGUCGUCACCAAUCCAGCAUUUAUACCGUUAAAACGUCAAGAUAAGUCUGAUUUCCGCAAGUCCAACAGUAGCCCAUCAGAAGAAAUCCAGCACACAGCCAACGAAGCACUCGCCAAAAUGGUCGCCCUGGAAAAGUGUGACAUGGUGGUGAUUAACCCACUGUUUGGCUCGGGACUGCCAUAUAAGAAUAAGCCACUGAGACUCAGACAGGACGGUAGCGUUGUUCCCUUCAUCCCGAGUAGAAUGUCUGGACACUCAAUGGUGGAUGCAUUUGCCAUCAAUCGGUUUUGGAAGGUGGGCCUGCCAGACUACAGCAAGAUGAAAGUGCCAGAGACGCACGACACACUCAGUAAGGCUUCCGUUAGUGAAAGUUGGAUUGAGGAGUUUCCACUACACAAGUGCGCAUAUGAGGGUGAUUGUGAGACGAUGAAGGAGUUGAUCAACAAAGGUCAUUCCGUCAUCCAGAAAGACCAGGUGGCCUGGACACCUAUACAUUAUGCUGCUUGGAAAGGACAUCUGGAUGCUGUCAAACUAUUACUAACCGAAGGAGAGUGCCCGCCGAACAUAACGAAUGACUCUGGAUCAACUCCGCUACACUUUGCCUCCUUGUGUGGUCAUCCAUUGGUCAUCGAAGCGCUGCUGAAUCACAGGGAUAUUGAUGUGAAUGCUAAGGAUAGGGAGGGAAAGACGCCAUUAAACCUGUGCGAACAUGUGCCAAAACCUGACUGGCAGGCUGCAGCCAGGUUACUACAGAAAGCCAUCGAGAGACCCGCACCAAAAAUACAAGUCCAUCUAAUGGAUGGGUCGUACCGGAUGUUGAGUCUUGUGUCGGGAGCCAACACAUCAGUUCAGGAGUUGAAUCAACAAAUGGUUCGGGAGUUGGAGAUGCCAGAGAGUUGUAAACAUAUCUUCACCAUAUGGAUCUGCUCAAAAUAUUUACAAUUACAACUGAAGUACGACCAUAAACCCAUCCAACACCUCAACGAUUGGAAAAGAAAAAUAGUUGGCAUGCUGACAGACUUUGACCCGCAGAAAGAGGAUCCGAAACUCUUCUGGAAACGGGAUGCAAGAUUAACGAUUGUUGACGAACGAAAAAUCCGCCAUGCGCCAUGUACCAACUACCUCUUUCACGAGGCAUAUCAGAACUAUAUCAAGUCAUUAUAUCCAUGCGCUGAUGAGGAUGCUGUGAUAUUGGGGGCGUUGCUGUUGCAGUUAAAUCAGGGAGACUAUGAUACCAAAAAAGCAAAGUCAUUUUUCUCAAAUGAAAAAAAUCUCCAGACACUCAUACCGGUUGGAAAGUUAAAAGCGAGAGGUGUGAACUGGUCUAAUAAGCUCCAGGCGCGAUAUAAACAAGUCUCUUCCCAUUUGAAAGAUAAAACCACUGAGGAUCUCAAGUUUCGGUUUCUGACGUUAUGUUGGAAUUUGACGGUGUAUGGUUCAGCGUUCUUCACGGGUUAUGUAAAUAUCAAGUCCUCCAAAACCCCUGUGGCUGUGUAUAUUGGUGUCAACGAUAUUGGUCUCCACAUCAUUCAUGGACACAAUAAGAUGAUGCUUCAAAGUUUCAACUACAAUGACAUCGACUGGAAAUGCGAUUCGGAGUGGUCGACGCUUCAGGUCCGGUUAAAAUCGCAGCCCCGAGCGGGGGUGUCGUUACGCACGAAACAAGCUGGACUUAUAUAUCAUUUGAUGUCAAAGUUAGCGCAGAUAAAUGGUGCUCCCCUUCCUCAGAGUGUCACGUGAUCUUAACAUCACGUGUCACAUGACUUUUGGAACAUUAGCGAGGCUUGCAGGAUAUGUGUUAUUUAUGGGAUGUGGAAUUUUGUGGAAUUAGUGGAAUUUUGUGCAACAUUGCAGAAUUCGUUGGGAUUCAUUGAAACUUGGCAGAAUCAGUAGAUUUGUUUAUAUCAUGCAGUUUUUUCAACCGUGAAAAGUUUGUGAAGUUGCUGUUACUGAUUGGCCGUACCACAAAUUAUGUGUUUGCUUCAAAGUUUGAUGGUAAAUGAAUGAGAAUUUUCUUGCAAAUUUAGUUUGCGCUUUUGCGAAUUUUGCAAAAAGUUAACGGAUCAGUUUACUGAUGAACCAGAAGAAAAACAAACAAACUUCAAUAAAAAGCCGGCUAUUUCUUUAAGGCACAGGGUGAUCCCGAGGGGGGGGGGGCAAAAUAUGUUAUUUAGCCAUUCUGUAGAACAUUGCAUCAUUGAAAGGCCCAAUAAAUUUUCAUUGAAAUCACCUAGAAACAUGGCGCGACCAUAAACUAGAAGAUUCAGGAAAAUGGUUGAAAAGUUGCAUGCAAAGAGUGAGUGUGAUUGGCUAAUAGGCUGGGUUAACAUUGUCAUUUAAAACAUGUCACCUUAACAACAGACUAAGGGGAAUCAGUGGCAGAGUGGCUUAUAACCAGGAGGUCGUAGGUUAGAUACUCGGACGGAUCAGCACUGUUUCGUCUUUGUGUCCUUGAGCAAGACACUUAACCCUUCUUGCUUUUCUCCACCCGGGAGUAAAUGGGUACCAGGCCUGCCAGGGAAUUUAACCUGCGACAGACCAGCAUCCUAUCCAGGGGGAGUAAUACUCCUAGUUGCUUCAUGCUACAGAAACUGGGAUAAGCUCCGGCCGGAUGAGCUGUUCACGGCUCAGGCAAUAGCCCAGCUGACUUUAACUUAACUUAACAACUCACUGGGAGUGGAAUACAUGAAAUUCACUGUGUCAGUUUUCACCCUUAUGUGAUUUGUUGUCAUUUUUUCAAGCCCAAUUCAAUUUACUAGCAUUCUUACGAUAAGUGACCUCGUCAAACCUAUGUAUAGCAAGCCUUAUGUGAUAAGCCAUUGAAAAAUAAUGAUAAGAUUUUAUAGCCCUGCAUAAUUGAAAUCAAAAUUUAUUAAGCCUUUCAAUAGGGCUAUUUACACAGGACCAAACCCAACCAAACUAGACAAGGACCAGAGCAGAUCACAUCACUCAUAACGUCAUGAAUGACGUAUAUGUAAGUCUCGUAUGAUGUAAAUAUGUACAUGUACAUGUACAUCGAACUGGACCAGACCAGACCAGAUUACGUUCGUGCGUGUUUAAACAGCAUACGAAUCUGGACCAAUCCGGAUCAAUCUAGAUCGGUUUGAUCCCGUGUAUUAAACGGCCCUAAUGAAACAAUGUUUUAAUUAACACCCUGUAACUCGAGAAUUAAAAUGUCGGUUUGCAGUUAUAUGGGAUGACUGUCAAUGCUUGGGUUGGGAGCUGUAGGUACAGGCUUACUGAUAUGUCUCCCAAAAGCACAGAAAAUCCAGUGAAAACAGACAUGAUUUUCAAAUAAUGAUAUUUGUUGAAUUUUAUUGGUAGGCUUUAUAUACCUGUGUUUGACAUGCAUAGCAAUGUUUUGAGUUUCCUUAGAUCUAUUGUGUAUGAUAUUAGUGAUGAAGACUUUUUAGACAAUGUAAAAAUGUGUAUAGAAAUGAUCGCUCUGUAUAUUUGUACAUUAAAAUUGAUAA